GUUGCAUCUCUACGUCAUCUCCAGAUAGUGUACCGCUUGAAAGUGAUCUUUUAAAAAAAAAAAAAAAAAAGUACCUCCAUGCGUACGUCUGUUCGUACAUCCGUCCGUCCGUACACCCGCUCGUGCUUCCGCGCGCGUGAAUAUGUACACCUUUUUUCUGGAAAUUUUUUUUCUACGGGAACACGGCGCGCACAUGCUAACAUAUUUGCGAGGAGCAUCCAGUCGGCUAAAUACUUUUACGAUAUAGGAAAAAAAAAAUAGAAAAAAAAAGAGUGUCAAAAUUUGUGAAAUUGUUCCUAAUUCUCACAACAAACACCGUAAGGGAUUUUUGUGAAGAUAACUGCUCGCACGUGUUGGGAAGAGUUGGCUCCUGGGGGGUUAAAAGAUUGCAUGCAGGGCUGGCACGCACGGGGAUACGUACAUACGUAUAGAUGCUUAUGUAGCCCGUGGCCGCGGCGCCCCUUAACACACAUUUGUUCUUCCCUUCUUUGCGACGUCGCCUAUUGAGGUAGUUUGUCCCUAAAACGGGCGGGCGCAAUGUUUGCGGUGGAAAGUUGAGAAAUUUUUUUUCUUCCCUUUUUUCUUCCCCUUUUCUUCCCCUUUUCUGCUUUUUUUGUGCCCCCUUUUCACCGCUGCACACGGAGCUGCCCCCCACCUGGCAAAAGAUGAAGGUGAUCCUGAGCAUAGACCAAAGCACCCAGUCGACGAAGCUGAUUUUUUUCGAUGAAGAGCUGAACGUGCUGCACACGAACAGCCUGAACCACGAGCAGAAGUGUUUCAAGCCGGGGUGGUACGAACAUGACCCAGUGGAGAUAAUUAACAACCUGUAUACCCUGAUGAAUGAUGGCAUGAAGGCUCUUAAGGAAAAGAACAAAGAGGUGGAAAUCAAAUGUAUAGGAAUUACAAACCAGAGAGAGACGGUCAUCAUAUGGGAUAAGCUAACUGGCAAGCCUUUGUAUAAUGCCAUUGUGUGGCUGGACACCCGAGUGGAAGACAUCGUCGCUCAGUUUUCAAAGAAAUAUAACAACGAUUAUUUUCAGAAAAAAACAGGAACGUAUUUUAACACCUAUUUUAGUGGGUUUAAAAUUUUGUGGCUAAUUCAGAACAAUCAAGAAAUUAGGAAGAAGGUGGAGGAAGGGUCCGCCAUCAUCGGUAAUGUUAACACUUGGCUGAUUUAUAACCUAACAAAUGGGAACAGCUACACAGAUGUGACGAAUGCCUCUAGGACCCUUUUGAUGAAUAUUAACACGUUAGAGUGGGAUGAGGAGCUGUGCAAAAUGUUUGGCAUUACAAAUAUGUCUGUUCUUCCAGAAAUUAAAUGCAACUGUUUCAAUUUUGGAGAGGUGAUGUCUGAGCAAGUGCCUGACUAUGCGGGGGUGCCAAUCACUGGGUGCAUUGGGGACCAGCAAAGUGCAUGCAUUGGACAAGCUAUUUUUGAUGAAGGAGAAGCCAAGUGUACCUAUGGCACUGGCGUUUUUUUACUUAUCAAUACAGGGUACAAAGUGGUGUACUCUUCUUGUGGUUUAAUUACAACCGUGUGUUACAAAUUUAAUGAAAAUGAUCAGGCGAAAUAUGCGUUGGAGGGUUCUAUAGGUACAGCUGGUUCAGGUGUUUCAUGGCUGUUGAAGAACAAUUUAAUUUCUCAUCCUAGUGAAGCUAGCUAUAUUAUGGAGAACUGCGAAGAUACAGGAGGGGUUGUGUUUGUUCCAGCCUUCAGUGGUUUGUAUGCCCCCAGGUGGAGGUCAGAUGCCAGGGCAUGUAUAACUGGCAUGACAUUCAAUACGGAAAGGAAACACAUCGUUCGGUCCCUCCUGGAGGGCAUCGUUUUCCAGCUGAACGAAAUUGUUUGCUCCCUCAUCUCAGAUAUGGGCAUAGAAAUGCUCCAUGUUUUACGGUGCGAUGGGGGGAUGACCAAAAAUAAGGCUUUCAUGCAGUUCAACUCGGAUCUUAUAAACACAAAAAUCGAAGUCUCAAAAUAUUCUGAAGUUACUGCCCUGGGGGCUGCCGUGCUCGCUGGCUUGGGGGUCAAAAUUUGGGAAGAUUUGGACUCCGUUAAAAGCUUAAUACGGAGUAGCGACUCCACGUUUAACUCUAAAAUGGAUGCAAAAAGUAGAAAGAGGAGAAUUUCCGAGUGGGGCAAGGCCGUCGAGCGCUCGCUCCUGCAGAUGUAG